UUUUUGUGAUCUACUAGCGGUUGGAAGUUUUUUGUUUCCGUUGUGUUUGUCCAACUCUAGUGCUAAGCAGUUUAGCAGGAAGCCGGUAUUCCUGAAAAGAAAAAUACCCAACGAACGAGGCUCUUCACUAGUUCCUUUGUGUUAACAACCGUAAAAAGCACAACCAACAAAUUUCAUCAUGCCAGUCCCGGAGCUACAGAAGCCAGCACCGAAGUUCGCCGGCACGGCCGUCGUUAACGGUGCCUUCAAGGAGAUCAAACUGGAGGACUUCGCCGGCAAGUAUCUGGUGAUUUUCUUCUACCCACUGGACUUCACCUUUGUCUGCCCGACCGAGAUCAUCGCAUUCUCGGACCGUGUCGAGGAGUUCCGCAAGCUGGGCUGCGAGGUAAUUGGAGUGUCCACCGACAGUCACUUCACCCAUCUGGCCUGGAUCAACACGCCGCGCAAGCAGGGCGGUCUGGGUGAGCUGCAAAUUCCGCUGCUCGCGGACAAGUCGAUGAAAAUCUCGCGGGACUACGGUGUACUGCAGGAGGAGAGUGGCAUUCCCUUCCGUGGUCUGUUCAUCAUCGAUGGCAAACAGAAUCUCCGCCAGGUGACGGUCAACGAUCUGCCGGUGGGUCGUAGCGUCGACGAAACGAUCCGCCUGGUGCAGGCGUUCCAGUACACCGACGAACAUGGCGAGGUUUGCCCGGCCAACUGGAAGCCCGGUUCCAAAACCAUGGUAGCCGAUCCGAACAAAUCGAAGGAAUACUUCAAUGCAGCAAACUAAGUUUGCACCAUUCACUGUCAUAUCGUUUAAAAAAAAACUAACAGUUAAAUAAGACACACAAAAGCUGACACUAAUAUCAUCGCAAUUAGGUUUGAAUUAGCAUAUUAUUUAAAACCAUAGCACCGUUAGAAGCAACCCAACCAGAGGAGGCUCUCUACGAAGGAGACAACCCGAAUAGCCAGGAGCUAGUGUAAUCAUACUUGCAUCUCAUUGUCGUUUCACUUCCCUCUUCGUAUCCCUUCGCAAGCAAGUUGGAGAGAAAACUAUGAGCAAUAAUAAAAAGUAUUGUUUUCCA